UUAAGGCACCAUCAUUCAACAAGUAAACAAUAAAGGAAAUUAAAUUAUCACAAGACAGAACCACAAAAUCCUUUGGAGAUCUGACACUGGUAAAGCUCAAAGUGUCAAACUAUGGAUCCUUAUAAGAAUCUUAAUCCAAAAGGUUACCAGAGACAGAGACCGUUUAGCUCAGCCGGCGAGAGUGGCGGCAGCGGCGGCUCCGGUACGGCCCAUGAAACAGAUGACAAUAAGAAGAAGAAGAAGCUUCUCCACCGCGACAUCGAACGCCAAAGAAGACAAGAAAUGGCUACACUCUUUGCUACUCUUCGUACUCACUUACCUCUUAAAUACAUCAAGGGAAAAAGAGCUGUGUCGGAUCAUGUAAAUGGAGCGGUAAAUUUCAUUAAGGACACGGAAGCACGGAUUAAAGAACUUAGUGCAAGAAGAGACGAGUUAAGUAGAGAAACCGGCCAAGGAUAUAAAUCGAAUCCGGAUCCAGGAAAAACUGGAUCCGAUGUAGGCAAAUCGGAGCCGGCGACUGUGAUGGUGCAACCACACGUGAGCGGUUUAGAAGUGGUAGUGAGCAGCAACUCCUCAGGCCCCGAAGCUUUGCCACUAUCAAAAGUGCUCGAGACAAUUCAGGAGAAAGGGCUUGAAGUCAUGAGCUCCUUCACUACAAGAGUCAAUGAUAGGCUCAUGCACACUAUUCAAGUAGAGGUUAAUAGUUUCGGAUGCAUAGACUUAUUAUGGUUGCAGCAGAAGCUAGUUGAGGAUUUGAUACUUUCGACGGGGUACUAAUCAUGCAGAAACAUACCAUUCGUAGUCCUAAAGAACUUCCUCAUCAAAAAAUCAAAGUCUUCUUGAAAUUUCGUUAUGAGAGCAAGGUGCAUAGGUGUUAAAGUUCAUUCAUGGAUUGAGGUGUAGCUUUGGUUUAAACAAGUUCAAGUGACUUCAUGGGGUAGAUCAUAACUUCACCAUGAUUCGCCGCCGUAAAGACCAAGGGUCUGAUGUUUUCAGUAGAGAUUUUUUUUUUCUCACGGGCAAGCCAUUUUUUUGUUUCCCUUUCAUUAUAACAUUUUGUAUCACUCCAUUGUUAGGUUUUCUUGGGUUUUCUCGUAUGGAAAAUAAGUUUUUCUGUAAUACAUAUCCAUGAAUCAUUUAGACCUGUAUUAGAAGGAAAAUCCGGAAGGGCAUAGUAAAAUAAAGGCCAAUACAAUAGCAUAAUAUAUAUAUAUCGCCUAGUUCUAAC